GAUCAGCAGAAGGCAACCCACAAGGUAUACGCUCAGCCGUGGAAGUCGUGUCUGCCUGGUGACAGGUCGCGUCGACGGGUGUGCGUCCCUACAACGUCGAAAAUCGCCAUGGACUCAUUACCUGAGCGAAUUGGGGCGCUUCGGGACCGGAAGGUCGAGUUGGACGAGUGCAACAACAACUCGCAGAACGAGAGCCACCUGCUGUCGAGGGCAGUGAGCGCACUGGGCGACGAAGCGCUCACCAUCGUGACGGUGCAAACGAAAGGCGGUGACGCGGAGAGAGUCAACGGCUUCGAUGGCAGGAGAGAGAAGUCGCGCUGCCCGUCGGCGGGCAGCGUCCGAAGCGCCAAGUCGUCCGGGGUCACGUGGAACGAGAGCGUGGUCGAGCACUCCGUUCAGAGCACGACUAGGUACUCAAAGGAUGAGGACGUCUUGAGACCAAGGAGUUUCUUCAGUAUCGUGCUUAGUUGCAUCUACGGAGUGUUCGUCUUCACCAUGGGUUCCACUUUCUGCGUUACCGACCGAGUUCUGGACGAAUUUCAUGCGCCCGAGAUCUUCAGCAUCGUGAUCGCGUCGGUGGGCAUGAGCUGUCUGGCGCUGUUCCACGUGGACAUCCUGUGGUACAAGCACUCGGCCAGCCGCCAGGUGCGCUCCAAGGUGCGCCCCUCGCAGAGCGGACUCUACGUGCACAGCGCCGCCAGCGUGUUCAGCACGUACGCCCGCAAGACUCCCGCGCCGCAGCUGUGGUUCCUGAGCGGGCGGCACAGCGGCAGCUUCUACCUCAAGGGCGGCAUGGUCGUCUUCUGCUUCUGCCAUUUGGUGAACGAAGGCCUUUUGCUACAACGUAGCAUUCAAGCUCUGCUGUGGCACGGAUGCAACGCGAAGGACGUCCUCAACAUAGUUUUCCAUGUACAAAGACCGACAUACUCUUUUUACCAGCUGUUCAUGGCUUUCAAGUACUCAAACAUUGUGAUAAACCACUCGACUGGUCUCGCUAGGUUCGGUCUCAUGCACAUGAUUGGUACUUGCCUGCACUUUUGGUUCAGCAGCAUCGUGCAAGAGUACCGGCAUAACACUCAUUACGGCGAUGACAACGGUUACUUGGCAGUGGCGAACGAGACAGCUUACAAGUUCCUUGGCAACGACUCGAUCACCAACGGGGGUCCCAUGUUCAACACGAUUGCCAUCACGCCCUACCUGCACCCGUUCACCAUCGAAUACAACAUCAUCCUGGCGGGCGUCUGGUUCAUCGUGUGGCAGAACGUGGGCACCGAACCGAGCCACCACUUCGCGCGGCGGGAGUCGGUGUCCGAGUCGAGCGCGGAGCAGCAGCACGACGCCAGCUACCACAGCAACCUGGUGGUCAGCGCCGAUUGCCACGCCGCCAACAAGGGCCUCUUCGCCGGCAUCUUCCUCCUGCUCACGGCCAUCGUGUCGCUCGUCAUCGGCCAGGUGGCCUUCAGUGGGCCCGACUUCGAUGGCGUCGAGAGCAUAAUCUUCCUCGUCCAAGACACCGGUCUCAUCGUCGUGUCGCUCCUGGCCGUCGUCUGGGGCUACGUCGAGAUCUCCAAGCUAGACUUCAACGUCCACCCCAUCACGCUUCUCGACGACGUGCUGCUGUACGUGCCGCUGCCCUUCUACUUCGUGUACUACAUCAUGUCCGUCACGGCCGACGUGUGGCACUGGAACUUCACCAGCGUCGUCAGCCAUCUGCUCACCGUGGCCCAGGUGGUGCUGCAGACGAUAUUCCUGAGUGACGGCCUCCGGCGAUGCAGCAAUGCGAGACGACACCGGUUCACCAAGCCGGGAAGGGAGAUGGUCACGUUCCUCAUCAUCUGCAACGUCACCAUCUGGGUGACCAACACGUUCAACAUGGAGAAGUACCAUCUGAACCAGUACGUUCGCCUCUGCUUCGGCGACGACGCCUGGGUCAUGGUCAAACACGCCACAUUCCCGCUGAUGCUCUUCUACCGUUUCCACGCUUCCGUGUGUCUCGCCGAUAUCUGGAAGUCCGCCUACGAGAGUGGAGAUUGAACGCCCGUGAUGAACUCGUUUGUAACUCAGACGCGUACACCGUGAUCAAAACGGAAAGUCUCAGCAAGAAGUGUCUUUUGUAUUUUGCUUUGUUUGUUGUAGUAGCUAUAAGGCGAUCGUUGUUGUAGCUGUCAUGUUUGCUGCUGUCGUUGUGUGUUUAUCGUCGUGCAGUGCAGCGGUAAUUUAAAGACAGGAUGGCAUCGUUUUCGUAUUUCCUGGUGAAUUCCAAGCCAAGAUGCUGUCAGUCACUUCGCUAACUGUUUUGUUGAGUACGAAAUUACCGUCAGCCUCAGGGCGGUCAAAGAACGCACAGUGAAUAUGGCUCUGGAUUGCUCGCGUCCGUUGUUUAUGAUGUUAUGUUUACAAUAACCUUCUGUGAAGGUUAUUAAUAUAUUAUAUUGCUGUCACUAUUGCUGCGGCUAUUUGUUACGUUUUGAGUAAGUGAGUGAAACAAUUUUAUGGAAGACACCAGCGGAUUGAGGCCUGGGCCUAGACCACGCCAGGAGUGGUGGAGAGACCCUAUCUCCCAGCCGCUUCUCGAGCUCGCCGGAUGGUCUAUAGUUGGUGUUGGAGAUCUCAGCUAAUCAGCGCGGCUUUCCACCUUACGUCUUGCCUCAUGUCAUUUUUCACGGCAUCGUAGUGCUCUGUCAUGUCACAGCAGGCCUUUGGCAGUCAUGUAUAUACUUGGAAAAUAACACUUAUACUGAAAGUAUCGAUACGUGUCUUCCCUCGUGAGAUGCAAAACCUAUCGUCGAGAUAACUUUAACCAAGGUGCCAAACGAAAAUAAAAACAUUCCGGCAGAUUCAGCGCACCUCGUUGGAAUCUACAUGCAGCGAAAUUUUGUUUUAAUACAUAAAGAGUGUUGGAACGCACUUGUUACUUUUUGCGUUACUGCAAAGUCCUACGGAAAGCCCUCGCCCAAACCGCAUCAUCCACUUUGCAAGCAGUCCAAACGCAGCCCCUUCGCAGCUGCUUGGGUAUACGCGCGCAUUCGCCCUCGCCCCCACCUGCUUUACGCAAUGUGACACUCUCGGCGAUAAUCUCAAAGAGCUAGAAGUAGGAUGAACUGAGCAAGUUGGUAGGUGCUCAUCGUUAACUCUUCAGGACGAAAAAAAAAAAAGAACUACACUAGUCCUUGUGCUGUGUAGAGGACGCGUCAUGUGGUUCUCUCUUUAGUCAUUUCGUAGCUCUUUCGCGCUGAAGAGUUAACGAUCAAGAGAGUUAACGAUCAAGGAGCCAGUUGGCGCUA